AUGAAGGAGGCAGUGGUUCAGGCAGAGGAAGCAGCGGCUGAGAUUACUAGGAAGCUGGAGAAACAGGAGAAGAAACGCUUGAAGAAGGAGAAGAAAAGGCGGGCUGCGAUUGCCCUGGCGUCCUCAGAAAACAGCAGUGAGACCCCAGAAGAAUGUGAGGGGACAAGUGAAAGACCCAAAAAGAAACAAAAGCAAAACCCCCAGGAAGCUCCUCAGGAGAAUGGAAUGGAAGACCCAUCCGUCUCCUUCUCCAAGCCCCCCCAGAAGAAAUCUUUUUCCAAGGAGCAGCUGGUUAGUAGUGAUCCUGAGGAGACAGCUGGCAGUGGAAGUGUCACCAAGAGGAAGAAAUCUUUCCCCAAAGAGGAACCAGUUAGCGACCCUGAAGAGUCAGGACACAAGAAAAAGAGGAAAUUCUCUUGCAAGGAGGAGCCUCUCAGCAGUGGACCUGAAGAGGCUGCUGCCGCGAGAACAGCAGCUCCAAGAAAAAGAAAAAGAAAAAGCUCCGAAAGCUUCUCCCAGGAAGAUGAGAUGGACACUUCCCUAGUGGGGCGUAACUUGCAGGGAUAUUUCCCAGCCCAUCCCCUAUAG